AUGUAUCUUACACAGUGUACAAGACCAGAUAUAUGCCACGCAGUAAGUUAUUUAAGUCGUUUGAACAAUAAUCCUAGCCAAGAACAUUGGAAUGCUGUGAAAAGAGUGUUUCGAUAUUUGAAAGAAACAAAACACUCUAAACUUUGCUACAGACAGGAUGGUAAUAAUGAGCUAAUAGCAUAUUCAGAUGCUGAUUGGGCCAAUGACGUUGAUGAGAGAAAAUCAAUUACUGGCUAUGUUGUUAUUCUCCAAUCAGGUGCUAUCUCAUGGAGCAGCAAGAAACAACAGAGAGUAGCCUUGUCUUCAACCGAGGAGGAAUAUAUGGCAAUGUCUGCAGUAACCCAAGAGGUAGUCUGCUUAAGAGAACUUUUUUAUGAACUCGUGCCAGACAUUCCAAACAAACCAACUCAUAUUUUAUGUGACAACAGAAGUGCAAUAGCUUUGUCAUCCAGUAAUGUUUAUCGAGCCCGUUCGAAACAUAUUGAUGUGCAUCAUCAUUUUUUGAGAGAGAAGAAGAAUGCCAAACAAGUAGAAUAUUUCGCUAUCAAGACUGAUGAGAUGAUAGCAGAUUCUUUGACCAAAGCUACAACUGCACCAAAACAUAACUUUUGUUUUCAGAAACUGGGUUUAAUUAUUAUAAAGUAA